GGCGAUCAUCAACCGAGGCCGACGCUUUGAAUUCCGCACAGUUGCAAUCAGCGCUUUCUCGUUGGCUAUCUGGGCCUCCCUGGGCUCAAAGGCUCACUAGGCUCACAUCCAGGUAAUGUUCCACCUCGGACUUAUGCCGACUGGUGCCCGUGUCACCUGGACAAUGUCCAACGGGGUCUCCGUCAUUGCCAUUAUAUAUCGCAUCAAAGGGCGUCAGGUCGUUGGAGAGAAAGUGGACUGUAGGUAGAGCCCAAUUAUCCUCAGGACAGAAACUGACGAUACGGCGCGAAUACCAUCACCAUGGCCUGUAACAACGAGUCUUCCGCUUGCAACAACACAUGUGCUAGCGAUGGCCAUGUCGGCGACAUCGAAGACUACAAAGUUGAGCUGGAGUCCUUGCGCCAACGGACGCUGGAACUCGAACAGAAGCUUUCCCAGGUAGGACUUGCCGAAGCCGUCAAAGCGCCGUCGAAGUUCCGUUCGGCAAAUUGGUUCAACGUCGACGAUGCAGAGAAUCCUGAGAUGUCGGCUCUUUAUGCCGAUCGAUAUCUCAACUACGGCCUGACUCAGGAGGAACUCAUGUCGGGCAAACCAAUUAUUGGAAUCGCCCAGUCUGGAUCCGACCUGGCUCCUUGCAAUCGCCACCACCUGGAACUGGCGAAGCGCGUCCGCGAAGGUAUUCGGUCUACUGGAGGCAUAGCGUUCGAAUUCCCGACACAUCCGAUCCAGGAGAGUUCACGAAGACCUACGGCAACCUUGGACAGAAACCUCGCGUAUCUUGGGCUGGUGGAGCUGCUUCACGCAUAUCCUCUUGAUGGUGUGGUUCUGCUCACAGGCUGUGAUAAGACGACGCCUGCGUUUCUGAUGGCGGCCGCCACUAUUAAUAUCCCAGCCAUCUGUCUGAACGUCGGACCUAUGCUGAAUGGCCGUCUUCACGGUUCGAAUGACCGGAUCGGAUCUGGAACGAUCUUGUGGAAAGCCAGAGACAUGCAUGCAGCCGGCGAGAUUGACGACGAUAGACUCGUGGAAAUGAUCGCUGCAGGGACUCCUUCUGUCGGCCAUUGUAACACAAUGGGCACUGCCAGUACGAUGAAUGCUCUUGCUGAAGCCCUCGGCAUGGCGCUGCCCGGCUCUUCCGCAAUACCAGCUCCUUAUCGGGAAAGAAGCCAAUGUGCAUACAAGACUGGCAGACAGAUCGUGGAAAUGGUACACGCGGAUCGCAAGCCUAGCGAUAUCCUGACAAGGGAGGCGUUCGAAAACGCCAUUGUCGUCAACUCGGCCAUUGGAGGGAGCACGAAUGCCCCCAUUCACUUGAACGCGGUCGCCAAGCAUAUUGGCGUGCCCCUGGAUCUGAACGACUGGGACCGGAUCGGAUUCGAUGUUCCUCUCCUAGUGAACGUACAGCCAGCGGGCGAAAUGCUCUGUGAAGAAUACUACAAAGCUGGUGGUCUUCCGGCCGUCAUGGCUGAGUUGCUGGUCCAGGGUAAGCUUCAUGAACAGGCUAUCACGUGUAAUGGUAGGACGGUGAAAGAAAAUGUCAAGGGGAAAGAAUCAUGGGAUCGUCGGACAAUCAAAGCAUAUUCAGAGCCGCUGAAGAAAGAGGCAGGCUUCCUGCACAUGACUGGCAACCUCUUUGACUCGGCGAUAAUGAAGACCUCAGUGAUAUCGGACGAGUUUCGCAAGGGUUUCCUGGAAGAUCCAAAUGAUCCAAAUGCUUUUGAAUGUAAGGUUGCUGUGUUUGAUGGGAGAGAAGAUUAUGUUAGACGUAUCAAUGACCCCAAGACUCCCAUCGACACAAGAACAAUUCUGGUAAUGAGAGGUGCUGGGCCUGUCGGGUACCCGGGCGCAGCAGAGAUUGUCAACAUGCACGCACCUGGACAUGUUUUGAAACAAGGUGUGCACUCAUUGCCUUGCAUUGGUGACGGAAGGCAGAGUGGCACUUCAGGGUCUCCCUCGAUAUUGAACGCCAGUCCCGAGGCAGCCGCAGGAGGCAACCUGGCACUCUUGCAGGACGGAGAUAUGUUAAGAGUCGACCUGAACAAGAGACGAGUCGAUCUGCUUGUCUCGGAAUCCGAGUUAAAGACGCGCCGCAAGGACCUGGAGUCGCAUGGAGGCUAUCCUGUUCCGGAAAGCCACACACCGUGGGAAGACAUCUUCAGAAGGGAAACUGGACAAUUGAACGAAGGAAUGGUACUUCAAAGAGCAGUGAAAUUCCAGAGGGUGGCACAGCGAUGGCCCGCACCGCGACAUAAUCAUUGAGUAGUGACUUCUGCUGAGGCAGGGAAAGAUCGUACCAUAAGAGUCUACCACGUUAGUGCCCUUUGGUAUCACCAAUUGUUCCACACAGCAGCCGGAAGUACUGUUCUCAUGACUCUCCAGUGACCAAUGGCGCUUUGCGCCUGCCACCUUUCGAGUUCCUUUGUCUUACCGCUCCGCAGGACGUCGACGCCGACAUCGAAAGAACUUGGCAAUAUCUCGUGUGUAGGAAGCAUGUACUCCCUCCUAGCAUUGCUUCCCAAGAAAUCGGCUUCAACCGGUCUUCGGAAUGUGAUUGGUACAUCACUUUUUCGGCAAAAGAAAACCAUGUUUGUAAAGUCAUCAGGCUUGUUUCCAGCAGCAGGAGCCUCGUCUUCUCUAAAGACUCGGCACGACGGAAAGACUGAUGUGAUGGUUCGGUAGAUAACGGAAGAUGCAGGCAUCGAGAUGUCUCCAGCAUAGUUGAUUGCCACCACCCCGUCCGGUUUCAGCAAAGUACGGAGGCCAAGCAGAAACUCUUCAGUAAACAACUCGACCGGUUCAGCACCUCCUGUGAAGACGUCGUGAAUUAUGUAAUCGUAGGAAUUGG